CGUGCUAAGUCUAUGAAGUUCAAGGAUGGUUACAUGAUAUCCUCUGGUUAUCCUGUCAAGAAAUAUAUUGAUUCUGCCGUUAGACACGUCCUUCUUAGACAUGGUGUGCUGGGUAUCAAAGUUAAAAUCAUGCUUGAUUGGGAUCCUAAGGGCAAGCAGGGCCCUAUGACCCCAUUGCCGGAUCUUGUCACCAUCCACCCUCCAAAGGAUGAAGAAGAGUCUAAAGAAAAGAAAGAGUAUGAAGCAGUUGUUCCCCCAACCAAGUUUAUAUUACCUUUUAUGUUCUUCAACACUAAUAUACAUUAGCAGGACAAUUACUGGAUGGCUCUGCAUGAAUUAAUGUUUUGCUGAGAUCCUUUGUUUAGGAUUUGGGUUCCAAUUAUUUUGAGUUUAGAUCGAGUUGUUUUAAACUUGCGGAUUCAGGUCAAUUU